GCAAGGCUGCAGGUGGGGGCUGGAGACGCUGCUAUUUAAGCGUGGGAGUGGGGGUGGGAGUGGCUGGCUUGUCCUCGCCUGGGAGUCGUGCUCCCGCUUGCUGCAGGGCCCGCGGGGGGGCCACCAUAGCAUGAAUAUGGGAGGCCUCUGGCCUUGGGUGCUGGGUCUGGUCUCUUUGCCAGGUUUGAUCCUAGGAGCACCCUCAGCCUCCAGCUGCUCAGAAGCCUGUGGAACCAGCUUCUCGGAGGGCCUGAACCCCGAGGGGACCCAGACAUCCUGGGACAAGGACAUCCCUGCGAUUAACCAAGGGCUCAUCCCAGAGGAAACCCCAGAGAGCAGCUUCCUCCUUGAGGGGGACAUCCUCCGGCCGAGUCCCUUGCGGCUGUUCUCAACUACCAGCAACAAGUGGCCCAAGAAUGGGGAGGUUGUGGAGGUCCCCUUCCUGAUCUCCAGCAGAUACGAUAAAGCCAGCCGCGACAUCUUCCUAAAGGCAUUUGCCGAGUUUGAACGCUUCACAUGCAUCAGGUUUGUUGCCUACCAGGGCCAGAGAGACUUCAUUUCCAUCGUCCCCAUGUCUGGGUGUUUCUCCAGCGUGGGACGCAGUGGAGGGAUGCAGGUGGUAUCCCUGGCACCUACAUGUCUCCAGAAGGGCCCAGGCAUUGUCCUGCAUGAGCUCAUGCACGUACUGGGCUUCUGGCAUGAGCACUCACGGGCUGACCGGGACCACUAUAUCCGUGUCAACUGGAAUGAGAUCCUUCCAGGCUUUGAAAUCAACUUCAUCAAAUCUCAGAGCAGCAACAUGCUGGUGCCCUAUGACUACUCAUCAGUGAUGCACUAUGGGAGGCUUGCCUUCAGCCGGCGUGGGCUGCCCACCAUCACACCGCUCUGGGCUCCCAGUGUCCACAUUGGCCAGCGAUGGAACCUGAGCACCUCGGACAUCACACGGGUCCUCAGGCUUUAUGACUGCAGCCCAAGUGGCCAAAGUCCCCGUGGGAGAGGGUUCCAGCCCCACAGCGAUGGUAGGAGCCCUACUCCUGCCUCUAGACCAUACCUGCAGCAGCUUCUGAAGGCAUUGUCGGCAGAAUCUGGGCGCCCCGACCCCAGUGGCUCCAAGGCUAGAGCCCAGCGCAUUGUUGCAGGGCCUGGAGAGAGCCCACGUAGCCGGAAGCUCCCUGCGCUGAGAAAGUUGGGUGUGGGGGCCUCUGCAAGGCUGCUUCAGACCCCAGCUUCCUCCCUAAACUCCAGGCCUGGAGCAGGCAUUCCUGGUUUGGCUCUAGAGAGGUCCUGGCUGGCCCAAGUGCCCUCCGUACCACUCACUGCUUCUCUGGAAGCAGAAGACCAGCCAGGACCCAUCCAGGAGGCUUUGGGGAGCAGCUCUCCCAGGAGCACAUGUACCUGAAUGUCCUUUCAGGGGGAUGUGCAGAAGUCGAGCCUGUGGCUUCUGUCCCCAACCGG